AUGAAUGUCACGUUAGAUCUAUACAAAUUGCUAAGGAAUGCGUAUCUGUGCGAUUUGGAUACGGAUAAUGUACAAUACAAACGACUUCUAGAACAUUCCAUUCAUAGUAUUUCAUUUAAUACACAAUUAAUGCUGAAUCAAUCAAACUCAGACAUAUUGUAUGUAGAAUCUAGUGAAGAGGAUUCUCAAAUUUUGGUCAAAAAUGGAGUGUAUGAGGGUGGAUUUGCCAUAUGGGAGUCCAACUGGCAUUUUUUGAAAUUUUUACAAUCUCAUCUUGCGUCUAAUAGUACUAAGGGCAAGGUGUUGGAUUUGGGCUGCGGAUGUGGGUUCGUAGGUCUGUUGGCAUUUCUAAAAGGGUACGAAGUAUGUUUCCAGGACAUGAACCAAGAGGUGCUAGAGCGGUCUGUGCUCAGCAAUUUCAUACUAAAUUACUGGUUCACAUGUAUAAAGGAAUCCAAUGACUUGACUAAUUUUUCUCCUGAAAAAUUAGUCAAUCUGGAUCCUAUAACACUCGUUAACAUUAUUGGCAGCGAUUUAAAUGAUAGUAUACUAACUACGGAUGUAUUAUUAGAUAAGAUGAUUAAAUCCAAAUGGUUCGGUAAUUUAUGCGAUAAAGGUCCACAAAAUUGCAUUAGUUUAACUUGCUCCACAUGGGAUAAACUCAUUCGUAAUCCUAAAAACGGUUUGGUAUUUGAUUACAUACUUUCAUCGGAGACGCUAUAUCGCACACAAGAAUACAGUAAUAUUGUAGAUAUACUAGAAAAGUAUUUAUCCGCAACUGGAAUUGCUUAUUUUGCCACUAAACGCUUUUAUUUUGGCAUUGGCGGGGGAUCAUUUGAAUUUAUAGAUCAUGUGCAGAAUCGUCCCAAUACACUCAAAGCUGGUAUUACUGAAAGUAUUAAUAACAAGCAUAGUUGUAAUGUUAUAGAUAUAAUUAAAGUUUAUAAACACAAUAAUUCACAACUAAACUAA